AUGGGCGCGUGCAACUCGUGCGAGGCUACGGCAGUGGCGGCGGUGACUGGCGGUGCCGCUGUGGGUGAGGCGACAGCGGCGAGGGUGGUGCUAGCAGACGGCGAGCUGCAGCGGUUCCCCGGGGGCACCCUAGCGACGCAUGCGCUAAAGGCUGCGGCAUCUGCUGCCGCGGGCGGCGCGGGCGCUUGCUUCCUGUGCAGCGCCGACGGGCUCGAGCUCGGCGGCGCCGUGGCGGCAGUCGCUGCAGACGAGGAGCUACAGCCCGGGCAGCUCUACUUCGUGCUCCCCGCGGCCAUGCGGCGGCGUCCGCUGCGGGCGGAGGAGAUGGCCGCGCUCGCCAUCCGCGCCAGCGCCGCGCUGGGGGCCGACCACCACGGCCCGCUCGUUUUCCCGGACUCGGCCGCCGGAGGCGCCCCUGUGAGGAGCGGAGAGAAGGGGUCCCGGCGGCGCUCGCGGAGGACAGCCAGCCUGGGCCGGGACUUCGUGACAGACCUCGGAGCCAUUGCAGAGUAG